UGAAAUGCAUUGAACAUGAUAGACCAAUAUUUAUUAAUUUUGCCACGCUGUUACCAUCAUCAUAUAUAUUGCCGUGACCUUGUCGGCGUUCUACCAUUCUUUUCGUCCACUCUCUGCGACGACCGUGACUGCGCAGCUAGAAGGACUUGAAUCAUUGAUCAUCUUGUGCCAAAGGACUUCGUCUAUGCUCUAGCUCGAUGACCGCUUCUCCGAAUCAAGCCAACCCCGAUCUUCAGGGCGGACCUACGACUACUAAAAAGCACUGGAUAGAUCGUCUGCAUCAUGUAGGAUGGACAGUAUUUCAUCACGCACAGAAACACACAGGCGUGGGCAUUGUGUGUUCUGUCGCAUACUUUGAUCCUGGCAAUUGGGGAGUUGACCUUCAGGCAGGAUCUCAAUAUGGAUAUAAGCUCCUCUUCAUCGUACUUCUGUCAGGCUUGUUCGCUGCGUUUCUUCAAGUUCUUGCCUGUCGGCUUGGGGUGGUCACUGGCCUUGAUCUCGCAUCCCAUUGCCGCCUUCUCUUCUACGAUCGACCACGUCAUAAGAAACUUUGGCGAUGGGGAGUCCUUUACCCACUUUACGCGCUCUCCGAAAUAGCCGUCAUCAGCACCGAUCUUGCUGAGCUCCUUGGUUCCGCAAUAGCACUCACUCUUCUCUUUCCAGCGCUUCCACUCUGGGGUGGUGUUCUGGUAACAGGCGCCGAUGUCUUAUUAAUACUUGCCCUCGGCAACCCUCUUCAUAGUAGACCAGCGAAGGUAUUUGAGUGGAUCAUCGCUGCACUAGUGCUUGCUGUGCUCAUUUGCAUGGCCGUAAUUAUCGCAAAGAUCAAUAUCGCUUGGGGUCCAGCCUUUGAUGGAUUCGUUCCUUCUCAGGAAAUUUUUUCCAGCGGUGCUCUCUAUACAUCCGUUGGAAUCCUGGGCGCUACUGUCAUGCCCCAUAGUCUAUUUCUGGGUUCCCAUCUCGCAACCCAAGAUAGGCUAUCCAAAAAACCACUUGCCCCAGUCUCUUCGCUUUCCAGCAAAGUUCGAGAACAAGUGCUCACAGGGACCGCAUCAAAGCGCGAGCACGUACAAUACUUAGGAAGAGCGAUCUGGCGAAAACUCCGGUCCUUCUUCGUAGUAUCUCGCGCCGAGUUAGACGUGUUGAAUGCCCGUCCGAUGUCUUACGAACAUAGAGAGAAUCAUUCCUUAGAGUUCGUGCGAUCCCAUCUAUACCACGGCAUGGUCGAUAUGGUCUCCAGUCUGCUAAGCCUCGCCGUCAUCAUCAAUGCCCUUAUCCUAAUCCUCGCCAGUGCCGUCUUCUAUUAUGGAUCAGGGGCGUACGGAUCUGAAUCUCCAGCUAGCUUAUAUGAUGCCCACACUCUCAUCCAGAACACGAUUGGCCCAGCUGCCGCGUUACUCUUUGCGCUCGCCUUACUUGCAUCUGGCCAAAGUGCUUCUCUUGUUGCCACUGUAGCAGGGCAAAGUAUUUCGGAAGGAUUCCUGAACUGGAAAGUUUCGCCUGUUGUACGGCGCCUUCUGACGCGCCUGCUAGGACUGAUACCUUCUAUGACUGUUGCCAUCGUCGUUGGACCGAACGGCAUCAACUUCUUGCUUGUUGUAACUCAGGUCAUCUUGUCGAUAAUACUCCCAUUCGUUAUAUUCCCGCUGAUAUACCUCACCUCAUCGUCGCGCAUCAUGCGAGUACGCAAAACGGCUUCGGAACACACGGUCAUCAGUCCUGGCGUGGAAGCUCACUCCCUGCCUGUUGUCACAUCAUUGGAUGAUCCAGAGAUAAUUCAGACUGAGGACUUCGUAGAUUUCAGCAGCGGGAAGUUCAUGAUGUCGAUCGGGUGGUUGAUAUGGUUAGUGAUUUUGGCAGCUAAUGUCUACGUUCUUGUAACUCUCUAGGCCUGGGGCCAGAUGGCUGAGAUGAGUCACAAACCAUGUAUAAGUUUACCUCAUUUCAUUACGUGUACAUGACGAGAUGUGUUUCUGUAUAUAUGUCUAGCUGUGCAUCACAAAGCUUUCAGCCUCAUGUGCAUCUUGUAUAGCAGUUACGCAUACUUCCCUACAACAAUUAGACAUACACUCAUCCUGUGGGUUAGUGUGAAUUUUAUCAUAUCGUAGCUAUACAUUGCACAGUUCCAAUCCCCGAUUGCCUAGGGUUGA